GUGGCGGGCGGUGCUCCGCAGGCCCCGCGCCUGGGCCAUGCCGGCGGUGCUGGGCGCUGCCUGGGCCCUGCUGGCCGCCGCCUUCCUACUGCUGCUGCUGCUACACCGGGCCCAGGCGAGGCGGCCCGGCGGAGGCACCGACGUCGCCUCCGCAUUUUUCCAGGAUCUCAUCCGCUACGGGAAGACCAAGAGAGGCGGGCAGCAGGCUGCCUGGCUGCACCGCUUGCAGGUGCCCAAGAGGUGGUUUACUCAUUUUUACGUAGUUUCUAUACUCUGGAAUGGCUUUCUGCUGAUUAGGCUUUUUCAAGCUCAGUUCCUUGGAGCAUCACUCCCUCCAUGGAUUCAGAUCUUCCAUAGUGCUUUUGGCAGAGAUUUGCAGGACCAGAAUACGGAUAGCGAAAGCUUCUCUGCACUCUUGGUUCUCCUGCUCCUUUGGCUGCAUAGCUUUCAAAGACUUGCAGAAUGCCUCUAUACCAGCGUGUUUUCCAAUGGCGUCAUCCACAUUGUGCAGUAUUGCUUUGGACUUGGCUAUUACGUUGCUGUUGGCUCAACUGUGCUAUGUCAAGUACCUACUAAUGUUAGGAAUGGAAAAGGACUUUCUGUGCACAUCUUCUGGUAUCACAUCAUAGGCGUUGCGAUGUACUUUUGGGCCUCUCUUCACCAGCACAGAUGUCUUGUGAUUCUAGCUAAUCUUAGAAAAAGCAAAUCAGGAGAGGUUUUAAGUCUGCACUACAGUAUACCUUUUGGGGACUGGUUUGAAAGAGUUUCUUGCCCUCAUUAUUUUGCAGAACUCCUCAUCUAUAUAUCCAUGGCCAUCACAUUUGGAUUUCACAACGUGACGUGGUGGUUUGUGGUGCUGUAUGUCUUUUUUAACCAGACGCUGGCUGCUGUUUUGUGUCAUGAGUUCUAUCAGGAAAAAUUUACCUCCUACCCAAAGCAUCGAAAAGCAUUCAUACCAUUUAUUCUUUAGAAAAUGCCUUCUAAAGUGUAUUUAGUGCAAACUGGGAAAUGUUUUACUAAAGUCAAGGCAAAAUUGCACACUUUCUCUAUGCUGUAGAGGUUAAAAACUCAUUAUUUUUAUCUCAUCAGAGUUGCUAAUUUAUGUGGGGAAACUUAAGGUCUCUGUGUAUCAUACAAGCAAAGAAAAAGUUUAAUGAAGACCUUAAUUAGAACUGAUGAGAUGCUAACUGGGUCUUUUCCAUUUUAUAGUCCUGUUUUAUGCAAAAAGCAUUUAGUGUUGUGCAGCAAGCCACAAUACAUAUACAUGAGAUCUGGAGAGAGAUGAUAGUGCAGGGAAUCAUUUGAACUGCUGUAUUUCAUGCCUUGCCUAAUACUUAAACAUAUUUAUAUGCAUUCUCUUUCCUUUGCAACUCUUCAGAGGGAGGCAAAUGAUGUAUUGGCUUUCUGUGCUUCCCUGGUAAUGAAAACCAGGCAGUGCCUUGCAACUGUGAGCACAAGGAGCGGUGGAGGAAGCUGUGCUGGAGGGGUGACUCACAGCAGCAGCGAUAAAGAGAGCACAAAACGCUCCUUGUUUAUCCUUAAGCUGGGAAAAUGGUGGAAGGUUCUCUGUCUAAAGAACUUGCAGAUUGCAUCCUAAGUUCAGGUCCUUGACAUCCUUUGUGUUUCGUGGGCUGACAGCAGCCCGCCCUGGUCCUUAAGGGGCCUAUGUGGGCAGGUGCAAGGACCUGCAUGCAGCAGCCUGCAGCUCGGAGGUGCUGCUGCUCAGCACAGGGCUCGGUGGGUUUCGCACUUAGCGACUGGACGGUGUGGUCCUCCUCAUGGUACGGGAGGGGCCGAGAUCUGUGUGGGAGCAGAUGGCCGCUGCUGUUCCAGCACAUUCUCGGUUCUUUUUGUAUACUUAACAAUAUUUUGUAUGUGACAAGAGUUUUUAUGUACUUCGGUAUAUCUUAUGACACAAAAUAUUUAAUUAAAAGGCAUUUGAUA